CCUCUACUGGAACACAGCUAAUGUUUCCCUGUGAGCUAAGCUCCGCCCCUCUCCUCUGAUAGGGCACCGUGACGGAGGUGAUCAGUGAGGGGGCGGGGCUCUACGUGAUGGACAGGAAGGUGGGUCUGUGUUUGGCCUAUCAGCCGUCAGAGAGGAGGAAGCUGAGAGCAGGAGACCAGGUGGAGCUCCAUCAGGUCCACUUCCUGUACCGGCCCUGUCCUGACCUUCCUCCCAGCAUGCUUUGCUGCUGCCUUGGCUCGUCCGUCAGAGUGACGGCCUUCAGCAGAGUGGGCGGAGCCUCCGCAGGCCGCUGCUGUCCUGGAGAUGGGGUGUUGCCACGGUUACUGCUGCAGAAAAACAGAGGGAUGGAUCAGUACCUGUGGAGCUGCCACCUGGCCUCCCAGCUCAGCAGCAGCCUGCUCCCUGCUCCUCCUUCUCCUGCUCCUCCUCAGUGUGUCUGCCUGCUGUCCUGGAAGCUCUCAGAGACUCUGUGGACCUCCAGAGGACCAGGAGCCAGAGACAUCUACUCAGAGAUGUUGGACGUCCCUCACAGCUGUCCUCUGAGCCAGUACCAGGUGGACUCCUCCGUCCCUCAGCUCCUCAGCAUCUCAGAGCUUCUCCAGUCCCUCAGGUCGUCCUGCUGGUCCUCGGUGUCCCUCAGCUCUCUGCUACCUUCAGGGGGAUCCAGCCUCAGCAGCUCCCAGAUCAACUCUGCUCUGUCCUGGUCCUGCAGGACUCUGACCUCUGACCCUCAGACUGGAGACGGUCUCAGGCCCCGCCCACUGCUGCUGGUGGGUGUCCUCCAGCUCCCCUCUCAGAGGUCAGAGUUCAGACAGACUCUGCAGCUCAGAGAUGCUACAUCAGCUGUGGGCUGUGUCGUCACGGAAACAGCAGAGGAGAAGGAUGGAGGUCAGAGGGCGUCCUUCAACACAGCCUGGAUCGGGUUUACCUGCAGUUCUCUCUGGACCACCUCCUCAUCCUCAGCCCCUCUGUCUCCAUGGUUACACACCUGAGGAGGAAGAGGCAGGAGUCAGGAUGUGAUGUCACACAGGCGACAGCAGCAAAGGAGGAUGGUGCAGAUGUAACCAUGACAACGGUCCCUGAGGACGGGGCCUCCCAGGACUGUGUCUCCGUGGUGAUUCAAGUGAUGGCUAAGGGGGG